AUGCUACCAAAGAACGAAACUGUGUACAUGUUAGAAACACAACAAAAGGUUAGUCGAGUUCAAUAUGGUCUUCUCUGUUUAUUACACGACAAAUACUGCGCAGGAAUGCUGUACAACAAUGCAACAGAAAAUUGUAAAAUUCUGAAGUCUCGCCUUAAUGAACAGUCAGUUGACAGGAGUCAGAUAGAAAUAGGAUGGGAACUUUUUGUGCACACCAAUGGCUGUGAAUCGGGAUGGAUACUGUAUGAUGGCCAUGCAUUUUUACAUCGCUAUCCCAACCACUAUGAACUGGACGAACGCAGAAGUAAGCUGCACUGUAAGAAUCUCGGUGCUAACAUGGUUACCAUAGAUACUGAGGAAGAGAACCAAUGGAUGAUGGAUGUUUUUGUGCCACCUUGGAAUUCUACUGCCUGUUCGGAAAUAUGGAGAUGUUGUAAUACCUGGAUAGGGUUAAGUGAUAUAGAUCAAGAGUGUCUGUUUACCUGGACCCAGCAAAGAAGUACGAUGUAUUGGAAAUGGAACACGGGUGACCCGAAUAAUGGUGGUGGAAAUCAGGAUUGUGCAGCUCUGUGUCAGAAUGGAUAUUGGAUUGAUCGCAAUUGA